AUGACACCCUCGGACCCUCCACCUCCUACCACCAAUCCCCUUCCCCUCCCCCUACCCCCCUCUCUACCCCCAACAAAACCGACCCUCCUCGCAACCCUGACCUCCCCCACCGCCUCUCGCGCCUGGCAAUCAGCACCCCACCCCACCCUUCCCCUCCUCGCAACCUGCUACGCCGACCGCACCGUCCGCGUCCACUCCCUGCAGACCUUCCACCUCCACUCCACCAUCUCCGGCGGCCAUAAACGUAGUAUUCGUAGCGUCGCUUGGAAGCCUAAUGUGCCGAAGAAUGAAUUAGUUCUCGCCACGGGCGGGUUUGAUGCUAGUGUGGGGCUUUGGAGGUAUUUUUUGGAUCCGGACGGGGAGGGGGAGGGGAAGGGGGAUGAGCAAGAUUUCACGGGUAUGGGAAGAAGGAGAAAGGCCACCGCGGGGUUAGGCCUAGAGGAUGAAGAAGACGGCGCAGACGAGGAAGAGGGCGAUGAUGGAUGGCAAUUCGCCAUCAUACUGGACGGGCACGAUUCCGAGGUCAAGAGCGUGGCGUUCUCCGCCGGUGGCAACUUUUUGGCGACGUGUUCGAGGGAUAAGAGCGUGUGGAUCUGGGAGGAGGUCGCGGAAGAUGAGUUUGAGACUGUGGCUGUGUGUACGGAACAUGAGGGCGAUGUGAAGGCUGUGAGUUGGCACCCGGAGGAGGAGGUGGUCGGGAGUGUUCCUAGGGAACGGCAGCAGCAGAGCCGGUUGAGUAUCAUCAGGAGUAGGGAUUCUGGGGAGGAGUGGGUUUGCGAGGCGGAGUUGCCGAGCGUCCACACGAGGAGUAUCUAUGCUGUCGCGUGGAAUAGGGACAGUGGGAGAGUUGUGACUUGCGGAGGGGAUGGGCUUGUGGUGGUGUAUCAAGAGGGGUGGCUUGGUGAGGAGAAGGAGGAGGUUGUCAAUGGGCAUACGGAGGCUGGGGGAAAUAAUGAGCAGAUGGGAGGGGUGGAAAGCAGUGAAGAGGGUGGUGAAAGCAAGGCAGAUGAUGUUGGGCGAGCUACGACCUGGAGAAUCAUUGCCGAAAUAGAGGCAGCUCAUGGUGUCUUUGAGGUCAAUCACGUUGCUUGGUGUAGAAAACCUAAAUCGAAGCAGGAGAACAAUGACAAGGAAGCCAGCAAAGAGUGGAUUGUCACGACUGGCGAUGAUGGUACUGUCAAGAUCUGGGAUAUAGUGAUAUGA